GGAAAUAGUAAGUAACCAGAAGACGGGAAACGAAAAACUGUGUAAUAGACAUCAAUGCGAUAACCAACUUUUCUACAUGUAAUAAUUCUUUGUAAUGGUGGCUAUGUCUCACGCGAAGUACCAAAUUAAGAGAUGAUUUCUAUCAAUGCCCCGUAAAGCCAUAAAGACACAAAGGCCUCCCCUGCUGUUCCUGGAGCGGACUUUGUGCGGCGCCAGAGUCCAAAAUGUGCCUGAAGUCCGAGCAGCACUCAACCCCAGAGAAUUCUUCACGGAGACACAAGAAAGCUCCAGCUCAGCUCUUAAUUCUUGGGUAAACCCUCAAUUUGACAGUUCAGUAGCAGCUGCCCUUCCAGUGAGACGAGGGAGGAGAAAAUGCCCCUCUGCCACAAGCAUCCUUGACAGUUGCAGUCAGCUUUCCAGGAAAAACAGCGUGUGCAAAUUCCCCUCAUUAACAUUUCAGACAAGGUCAAGAGACCAGCCUCAUCAACAAAAGAGCAAACGCACAAAGAGAGCUACAGAGCGUACUGUGGUGUCUCAUGCGGGAAAUCAACCACAGGGAUCAUGCCAAAUCAAAGGGGUACUUUCAGGUGCCCAGAACACAGACACGCCAAAGAGACAGACGACCUCAAUCAGAAAAAGAAAUUUGGAGAGGUUUUCUGACAGUGCUGCAUCCUCCAGCAGACGUUCGGACCAACCUGAAACUCCAUCUGUUCAAGUGAAAGAGAGAUGCAGAAUCCCAGCAGAUUGUGCCUCAACACCUGCCUCCAAUGAAUUCAGCACCACUGAGGACGGCAGUGUUGAUCCACCACCUGAUGUGGACACUCCAAAAGUAAUACAAGAGGGGAGCAGUCGUCCCUCCCCCACCUCUCUACACUUGCUACAGCCUCGGUCAUGUACACCGCCAUGUAAUCAGCCACCUGACAUUUUGGUGGCUGACACACCAGAGAGGGAUUAUGGGUUGAAGGUGACAUGGAGGAGGAGGAGGGGUUUGAUGUUGUUUUUAAAAGAGAGGGGCCACCUCUCUGAUUUAAAUGUGUUAAUUCACAGUUAAAGGAUUAGGCAACAAUGUCAACAGAGAAAAUAUAUUGAUUAUUCAUUGGGCCUUUUCUUUGACUGUUAACUAUUUUUAUUGCCCUGAAUGGAACUGCUGCGCUGUAAAAUUAUUAUGACAUUUGAGUUCGCUCACAUUGCUUCUUUUCACUUUGAGUGAACCUCAUAAUAAUAAGCCAAUCCCAUUAUGAAAUAACAAUAAUAAUGUCACCCACCCUCUCUGCACAGCCCGGGUAGGUAUUAACUGUAAAAUAAAUAAUACAUCAUAAAUGCAAUAAUUACUGCAAUAUCCGCGUUGCAAGCUUUUUCAAUAGGUGAGAACUUGUCUAGGGUUGGAUCCCAAUUAUACUGUACUGUUACAGAUUAUGUCGCAAAUCAGAGGCAGUCCUUACAUUCAAAUCCAGUCGUGACGUCUAGCAACACAUACCUAUAGUCUGCUAUGCUUCUGCUUCAGCAUUUUACUGGCAGAUAAAUAACAAAAGAUUGUGGCCAUAUGGACUGUAGCUCAUACCAUAAACCCAAUAUCUAGCAAGUGUUAUAUAAUGUUUUCAAUGACAUGCUAUUUGAAGUCACUGGUGUAAAAACCAAGGGUGCUGCUGGAGGAUCAUUUAAAAGCUGCUGGUGGUUGUGAGCAAUGUGCUGUAACUUAAAAUACCCUUUCGUCUUUUAGAUGUGUUGCAUAAAAUGUAUGGAAUAAAU